AGAAGAUUUAGAAGGGGCGGGGUAGGUUGGGACGGUAGUUUAAUUACGUGCCUGGGAAUUGCGUCAAUUUGUACUUUAGCAUUUGAAAAAAGUGCUGUGAGCGUGGCGUGGGGCUGGUGGAGAGUGAGGCGAAUGUGCGGUUUUGAAACCAAAGGACCGUAAGUCCUUCUCCCUCCAAACGAGACCGUCCCGCGGGCUCUGCGGCCGCCUCUGGACCGUCCGGAGAGAACAUGGCGGCGCCCGGAGCCCGGAGCUGCAGCCUCUCGGGCCUGCUCCCGGCUCAGACCUCGCUGGAGUACGCUCUGCUCGACGCCGUCACCCAGGAGGAGAAGGACAGCCUGGUCUACCAGUAUCUGCAGAAGGUGGACGGCUGGGAGCAGGACUUGUCAGUGCCCGAGUUUCCGGAAGGAUUAGAAUGGCUGAACACAGAAGAAUCUAUUUCUGUCUACAAGGAUCUAUGUGGAAAAGUGGUCGUCCUUGAUUUCUUCACCUACUGCUGCAUAAACUGUAUUCACCUAUUGCCUGAUCUUCAUGCAUUAGAACACACAUACUCUGAUAAAGAUGGUCUUCUGAUUGUUGGUGUUCACUCGGCUAAGUUUCCAAAUGAAAAAGUCCUGGAUAACGUUAAGAGUGCUAUUCUUCGAUACAACAUCACCCACCCUGUGGUUAAUGAUGCAGAUGCCAGCCUUUGGCAAGAACUAGAAGUUUCCUGCUGGCCAACUCUGAUCAUACUUGGACCCCGUGGAAACAUGUUGUUUUCUUUGAUUGGAGAAGGACAUAGAGAGAAAUUAUUUUUAUAUACUUCAAUAGCUUUAAAAUAUUACAAAGACAGGGGACAGAUCAGAGAUAAUAAAAUUGGAAUAAAACUCUAUAAAGAUUCUUUGCCACCUUCACCAUUGCUGUUUCCUGGCAAAGUAACAGUAGACCAUGUUUCUAAUAGAUUGGUAAUAGCAGACACUGGACAUCAUAGAAUUUUGGUCGUCCGGAGGAAUGGACAAAUUCAGUACAGCAUUGGAGGACCCAACCCUGGAAGAAAAGAUGGAAUGUUUUCAGAGUCAACUUUUAACUCACCACAAGGUGUAGCCAUAAUGGAUAAUAUCAUAUAUGUGGCAGAUACAGAAAACCACCUUAUAAGAAAGAUUGACCUAGAAGCUGAGAUGGUGAGCACUGUAGCUGGCAUUGGAAUUCAAGGUACAGAUAAAGAAGGUGGAGCUAAAGGAGAAGAACAGCCCAUUAGUUCUCCUUGGGAUGUAGUUUUUGGAAGGUCAGGUUCAGAGGUCCAAAGAGAUGACAUUCUGUGGAUAGCCAUGGCAGGGACUCAUCAGAUAUGGGCAUUCCUGUUGGACUGUGGCAGAUUACCAAAGAAAAAUGAGUUAAAAAAAGGAACCUGCCUUCGGUUUGCUGGAAGUGGAAAUGAAGAGAAUCGAAAUAACUCAUAUCCUCACAAAGCAGGUUUUGCCCAACCUUCAGGUCUUUCUCUGGCCUCAGAGGAUCCCUGGAGCUGCCUCUUUGUAGCAGAUAGUGAGAGCAGUACAGUGAGAACCGUCUCGCUGAAAGAUGGAGCAGUGAAGCACCUUGUGGGAGGAGAGAGAGAUCCCAUGAAUUUAUUUGCUUUUGGUGAUGUUGAUGGAGUAGGAAUCAAUGCAAAGCUUCAACACCCACUUGGAGUAACUUGGGACAAGAAAAGGAAUUUACUUUACGUGGCAGACUCUUACAAUCACAAGAUUAAAGUUGUGGAUCCAAAAACAAAAAACUGUACCACAUUAGCGGGAACUGGAGAUGCAAGUAAUGUUAUCGGUUCCAAUUUUACCAACUCAACUUUUAAUGAACCAGGAGGCUUGUGUAUUGGAGGGAAUGGUCAGUUAUUAUAUGUGGCAGACACCAAUAACCAUCAAAUUAAAGUGAUGGAUUUAGAAACAAAAACAGUUUCUGUGCUCCCAGUCUUCAGAUCUGAAAGUGCUAUGGUGGAUGGCCCAUUCCUAGCAGAAAAACAGAAGACCUUACCCAGACUACCUAAAUCUGCUCCAGGCAUUAGACUUUCCCCAGUGGCUGCAUCUCCAGGGCAAACUCUUCAGUUCAAGCUAAGAUUAGACCUCCCAUCAGGAACAAAGCUAACUGAAGGAGCACCCAGUUGCUGGUUUCUAUCAGCUGAAGGCAAUGAAUGGCUUCUUCAAGGACAGAUACCAUCUGGAGAGAUAGAGAGCAUUUCCAGUCAACCAACAAUCUCACUGCAGAUUCCUGGGGAUUGUUUAUCACUUGAAGCCGUUCUAUCUAUCAGCGUAUUUCUUUAUUACUGUAGUGCAGACAGCAGUGCCUGUAUGAUGAAGGGAGUUUUGUUCAGUCAGCCUUUACAAAUAACCGAUACACAGCAAGACUACAUACCUCCAGUAGAACUCAAGUAUAUAUUUUAGCAAGCUGGUUAGCGUGCCAGUGCCUCCUGUUCUCCAUCCCCACCAUCACUGUGUAAUUUAUGAAAAGAAGCUUUAUUUCUGCCUCUGGGUACCCAGAAAACCAUUGUUGAGUUCUCGCAACUGAUACUAAAAUAAAGCUAUGCUCCUUA